AUGGCUUUAUUUAUAAACUAUUUCUUCUUAUUUCUCCUUAAUUGUUUGCUUGUUUGCUUCUUUCUUUGUUUCUUUUUCUUUCUUUCUUUCUUUCUUUCUUUCUUUCUUUCUUUCUUUCUUUCUUUCUUUCGUUCGUUCGUUCUUUGUUUCUUUCCAUCUUCCUUUCCCCAUCAUUUUUAUGUCAUUACUUCCCCUUUUGUUCGUUCGUUUGUUUGUUUCUUUGUUCGUUCGUUUGAUUGCUUGAUUGUUUGUUUGUUUGUCCCUUUCUUUGUGUCUUUGUUUAUUUGUUUCUUCCUUAUGUGUUUUUUAAUCUUUCUUAGCGUUUAUAUUUACUCUUUUUUCUUCUUUCUUUUUUCUUUCUCUUUUUUUCUUUAUUUUUAUUUUUUUUCCUUUUUUCUUUGUGUCUAUAAUUUUGUUUGUUCCAAUUUCCAUAUUUCUCCUUUUUUUUAUUUCAUUCUUUCUUUCAUUGUAAGCCCGUACUUUUUCUUUUUCCCUUUCCUUUCUCUUUCUUUAGUUCUCUUUUCAUUUACCUGUCAACUUAGACAGUGCAUUUGCUUCUAUCUUACUUACAUCCAUUCAUUCUUUCUUUUUUCUUUCUUUCUUUCUUUCUUUCUUUUCGAUGUUUUAUCUAUUUCUCACUCCGCAGUAAUUCCUGCUAAUUCUUUAUAUUUCUGUCUUCGUUUACUUCUUUCUUUCUUUCUUUUUUUCUUUCUUUCUGCUGUUAUAUUUAUUUCCCUCUCCUCAGAAAUACCUGCUAAUUCUUUCUUUCUUUCUUUCUUUCUUUCUUUCUUUCUUUCUUUCUUUCUUUUCGUAACUAUUACCAUCAUCUGUUCUUACCUACUACUACUACUACUACCCCACCAUCUUUUACCUUCUUUUACCCACUGUUUUCUUGUUUUUCUUCUCCUUUUUCUUCUCUUCUUUUCUUUUUCUUCUUUUUCUUCUCUUCUUUUUUCUUUUGUUUUCUUCGUUUUUUCUUUUUCUUCUCUUCUUCUCAUCUAUCCUUCUUUUUCUUUUUCCCUCUUCUUUUCUUCUUUUUCUUUUCUUCUCUUGAUUUUCUUUUCUUCUUCGUUUUUUCUUCUCUUCUUUUCUUUUUUUCUUUUACUUCACUGGUUUUCUUCUCUUUCUUCUCCUCUCCUUUCUUCUUCUUCUUCUUCUUCUUUUCCACUAUAA